UACUUCGGAGCAAAGUGGGACCUCCAGGAGUACUAUGACGAGGAAGGCGACCCGGAUAACUUCAAGACGUACUGUAAGCACCUGAACGUAUUGUACAGGAGCUACGACACAAUUCAGGACUUUGACUACGAGUCUUUUGGCUUGACCAGAGAAGAAAACGCCUCCCUGGACCACCGAUGCCGGCUUAUGUGUGAGGUGCACAAGCUGGCACUGCAGACGGUCGAUGGCAAGGUUCCACCGUCGGAAAAGGGCAGGCCCUGGGGCAUCUUCGCCGGCCUGUCAGGCCAGCAGCAAGAUUGGCACUACAUGACUGGCGAAGCGAAGAUCAACAAGCACACCUGGGCGAAUUCGUCCACUGCAGCCCUCGUGAGCAG